AUGCCUCAUGGUCAAAAGAGCCAGCACUCCAAGGUUGAGGGAAGCCCUCAAGCCCAAAGAGAGGCUUCAGACCUGAUGGGUAUGCUGGUCCCCAUGGCUGAGGAGGGGGAGGAGGUAGCAGUGAAUCUGAUCCCAGCCACCCUAAUGGAGGUGCCUGCUGCUGGGACACCACAUUGUCUCCAGAGUCCUCAGAGAGCCUCCUCUCCCCCUACUGCCAUGGUCUCCACUCAGGAGAGCCAAUUCAGUCAGGGCUCCAGAAGUCAAGAAAGGGAAGGUCUGUUCCCACGACACAACCUGGUAGAUAUUGUGUCCUUGCUGCAUGAUGCACUAGCUUUGGUGCCCUUUCUACUCCUCAAGUAUCAAAUGAAGGAGCUGACCACCAAGGAAGAAAUGGUUAAUCUUGUCAUUGAAUGUCACCAGGAUUACUUCCCUGAAGUCUUCAGCAGAGCCUGUCAGUGCAUGCAGCUGGUCUUUGGCAUUGAGGUGAAGGAAGUGGAUCCUGACCACUCCUAUGUCCUUGUCCCUGCUGCAGGAAUCACAUAUGAUGGGAUGCUUAGUGAUGCACAGGGCAUGCCCAAAACAGGCCUCCUGAUAAUCAUCCUGUGGAUCAUUUUCUUGGAGGGCAACCAUGCCACUGAAGAGGUCAUUUGGGAAACACUGAGUGUGAUGGGGCACUACAUAUAUGGGAAUUCAAGAAAGCUUGUCACUGAAAAUUUUGUGCAGGAACAGUACCUGGAGUAUCGGCAGGUGCCCAACAGCGAUCCUGCUCGCUAUGAGUUCCUGUGGGGCCCAAGAGCCCAUGCUGAAACCAGCAAGAUGGAAGUCCUGAAACACUGGGCCCAGUUCAGUGGGAGUGAUCCCAGAUCCUUCCCACUCCUGUAUGAAGAGGCUUUGAGAGAGGAAAAAGAGGGUGUUUAAGCAUGAGGUAAAGUGAGGCUACUAAAGGUGAAUGGGGCUUAGAUGACCUUCUAGGGCAAACACUCCAGGGUCACAUUCAGUAGCCUCUCCUGCCCCACAUGAAAUGACGCCCCUUUUUCACUUUAUAUUUAGAGUGAAAUAUAAGCCUUCUGCUUAGUGGAGCACUACAG